CUGGUAGGACGAUCCGGUGAGCAGAAACAGAGGAUGAGGAGUAAGUGAAGCGAAGACACGCUCAGCGGACAACUGCUUUUCUUUUUUAAGCUGAAGGAGCUGAAUGAGCUUUGCUGCAGACCGCAGUAGCCAUGCUCAGUCUACUGCGCCUCCUUCUGGUCACCUGCGUGUAUCUCCUGCUGCUGCCGGGCUGUCAGGGCAGGAUCCUCGGCUACACGAACGGCUUUCACUACCAGGACAUCAGCAACGGGAAUGGACACGGAGAGAUCUAUUUUAAUGGGAUUCGUCUCCACGUGGAAUCCCCUCAGUCUUCAGUGUCAGCCACUAGGGGGAGCACUGUCACCCUUCCGUGUCACUACCACUAUGAGCCUGAACUGACUAAACCACGCAAGACCCGUGUCAAAUGGUCCUGGUUGCCUGCCAACACCAUGACUCCACAAGUUUCUGCUGAUGCCUUCUUCAAGGAGACUGAGGUUAUGGUUGCCAUGGGAAGCCGCCACCGCAGCUACGGCAGCUUCCGUGGCCGCGUGCGCCUGCGACGCUCAGCGCCAGGGGACAUGUCUCUAGUAAUCAAUGAGCUACAGGUCAACGACACAGGAAGAUAUCGCUGUGAAGUGAUUGAUGGCCUGGAGGAUGACAGUGUGACAGUGGAUCUGGAGCUACGGGGUGUGGUGUUUCCUUACUACUCUCAGAAAGGACGCUACCAUUAUAACUUCUUCAGGGCCCAAAGAGAGUGCCAGGAUCAGGACGCUACUUUGGCUACAUUUGAGCAGCUCUUUACAGCAUGGGAGGAGGGGCUAGACUGGUGUAAUGCUGGCUGGUUGGCUGAUGGCACAGUGCAGUAUCCAAUCACAAUCCCACGUGAUGGUUGUGGGGGCAAGAACUUGGCUCCUGGUAUACGGAGCUAUGGACAACGAGACCGUGUCCUUCACCGAUAUGACGCUUUCUGCUUCGCUGCGUCUGUUAAGGGGACAGUUUACUUCUUAGAGAACACAACCAAGCUCAACUUCACUGAAGCGAUCCAGGCUUGUUCCAGUGAUGGAAGUCAGAUUGCCAAAGUGGGCCAGCUGUAUGCUGCAUGGAAGCUGAUGGGAUUGGACCACUGUGAUGCAGGCUGGUUGGCUGAUGGAAGUGUCCGUUAUCCUAUCACAAAGGCCCGGGCUAACUGUGGUCCAUCACAACCAGGUGUGCGUAGUUUUGGGUUCCCCCCUCAGUACCUGAAAUUCGGUGUCUACUGUUAUCGGUAGAUGCUCUGUUUUAACGCGGGACAAAUUAAACCAUACUAAUAGUGAAGCAGGUUAAAGCUCUGCUUGAGAGGUUAGCAUUAGAUAUAGCCUGGAUGCAAAUUAGCAGUUAGCCAGUUUAUUCCUCUCUGAGCUAUUUUAAAGUGAUGGAAUUUGGUUUAUCUCUCUCCAUCUCAAAUAGACCAAUGACACAAUUGACCAUGAAGCAACUGUUAAACUAACUGUGGACAUCAGUCUUGCCGACAUGUCAUUGUUAAACAUGUAAAUCCAAAAUCAUGGGUGUUAUUAUGUUGCUGCAAGAGCAUUCACUCUUUUUCCAUCACUCUUUUUCCAUCACACCUGUCACUAUCCAUUUGACAGUUGUUCCUGUUUAGUACACAACAGAGGGUGAUAUGUCUGUGGUCACAGCUGGGUUUCCAGUUUAUCUCAGAGGUGUUAGUUGGGGUUAUCACCACUGUCUCAAGGCUCACCCAUUGUGCUAGGUAUUGCCAAAGUCCCAGUGGUGGCAUUAUAGUUGGAGGCACCAUUUAUUUGACCUGCAGUGAGGAAGUUUGACCAUAAACUCAGCCUGACACCAAACAACAUGAAAGUACCCAGACAAGCAAAUGUUCAUAUACUGUUUGCCACUAAGUGCAACAUGUCUCAAUCACAGCAAAAUCUUGCAGUAAAAUGCACAAGGCCAUUGUUUAUUCCUGCAAUUAAAUGAUUUGUGCUGUCAGUUUCCAUCUCUGCUAAUUUAACUUUAAACUUUCUGCAGCUAUUUUGAAAUUUGGUUGAAGGUUUUUGACAUUGAUCCACCACCAACACUGAUUCAUUUGAUGACUCAUUUCAAGCUCAGGGAAGGUGUACAGACUCAGAAAAGUCAUCUUCCCAUCCAAAUUAUUUCACUGGUGUCCAAUCAUAGCUCUCAACCAUAUAAUUCAGAAGUUUGCACUGACCCUUUAACCAAAACAAUACAAAGAUUAAAAAAUAACAAGUUGUAAUAGCUUUAUACCACAACCACAGACUUUUGUGGAGCAUCUUAAUGGUUAAGGGAGUAGAUUUUUUUCCCCUCUAAGAUCUUUCCAGCUGGUCCACAGUUUUCUGUCUUACAUUUGAACAUUUUAUACAAAUAUAAUGUGUUUCUUUUUAUUUUUAAAGGCUGAUUAAGAAUUGUGUUCUCUGUUGGAGGAGGAAGUUCUGGUUCUCAGUAUUACACUACCCUGUUUAUGUUCAUUGUCAAAGAAUAUUUACAUACAAACAUACCUUUUUUGUUUUCAUUAUGUCUGUGCAUUUGUACUACUUUCUACAAACUAAUAAAA